GUGUGCGUUCGUGCUAGGUGGCGAGAACCGGGAGGCAGCGAUGGAGUCGAGCGAACAGUCCCGCUCUGAUGGUCGAUGUGUGAUGUUGUGCGUCUGGAGCAGGUUUUGACAGACGGAUAGCAGAAAUAAUAUAUAUGACAAAUCUCACUAAGUGAUUGUGAUAAUGGAUUUAUGAAUGUGAUUACGGAAACUUAGACCAGGAAAAGCAUAAUCAUGAAUUUCAAAGCGUUUCAUAUCGCACUAGCUGUCCUAUUAGCAUUCCUGCCAAACGAAAUCGCGUCGCAGGACAACGUCUUGCCCUCGCGUCCUGGGGGACUGCUUGCGUCCUCAGGGGGUCCUGUGGAUGGACAUGACGUAGGACCUCUAGAUGAGGUAGCUCAGCUGCAGCCACGAGCUGAUGAAGUCGGAGGAUUCGUUAACGGUCCUACAGGCACGUCUGUUCUGACCGAGGAGAGACAGGACUUAGAAGGCGCGGCGAACGUGAGGUACGUGAAUGGACCGACGUCAACGUCAGUGGAGGCCGAAGAGAACAGGCAGACCGCUGGUGGCCAAGACGCCUUCGUCGCCGGUCCAGAGGCCGCGCCAGGACAACCUGAGGAGAGCCAGCCGCGUCAAGGACCUUUCGUCAACGGUCCUACAGGAACGUCUGUUGCUCUCGAAGAGGGGCUGCGCCUUCCGGAGGAGGGUCGCGUCGUCGUCAACGGUCCGACGGGCAUCUCGGUGGAGGCGGAGGAGAUGCAGCAGGGGCUUGACGGAGACGGGAUCGUCAGCGCCUCCAGUGCUCAGAAGAACCGAGGGAGAAUAUCGACGGACCCUGAAGAAGCCGAAGUCAACCAAAAGAUACCCUCCGGACUCUACCAUGACACCACAGACUGGUCGACGGAUUCCAAGUACUGGAACUACAAGGCGCACGAUUGGUCUCUGGUCUACCUACCUGACAAGGACCACCCAAACCUGCCCUCACACGAAAUCCCGGGGCCUUCGCUGGUCGUCGUCACCGAAGACGUCGUGAAGAAGGUGUACCUCAGACGAAAGGUAUCUGGCCUGAGUAAAGUGCUGUUCCACUACCGUUAUUUCCUCAGCACUGGUGAAUACCCUAAUGGCGUACCCAGUCUUAAGGUGUACCUUGUCCAAGAAAACACCAGCACGGUUAUUGCCGACGAGGAGUCACGUGGAGCCUGGCAGGACAACAAUAUCCGUUUGAAUGUUUCUGGAACUUUCGAGAUAAUUUUUGAGGGACGGUUGAUGAAAGAAGGUAAUGAGAUAGCUGUGGAUGACAUCACAAUCCGUGGAAUAGGAACUGGCGAUGCAGAGGCCGUGGAAGCGGGCUCAGAUGGCCAGCAGGAAUCCGAAAUAGAAUCUUCAGGAACUGGUCCGGAUGAAGCUGGAGAGGACAGAGAAGGAUCUGUGGAUGAGACCGUCGCAAAUUCGACAGACGUUGGCAAUGAAACUUCAGGCGCAGGUGAUGAGGCCAACCAAGGUAUCGCAGGGCCAGAGUCUGGCACUGAAGUUCCUCAAAAUGUAACGGAAGAAGUUGAAGGGAGUGUGACGGAGGCACCGGUCAUCACUGGCGAAUCAGAAGUAGAAAGCAAUGCCACAGAUAUUCCCAUAGGUCUACCGGAAGUUACCGAAGGCGAGGGGUUGAACCAAGGUACUGAAAACAGUUCAUUAGUCACAGUUUCCGUUGAUAGCAUCUCGAGUGCUCCAGGUAAUAACAGCAUAAUAGAUAAUACCACUGAGUCUGCGCUAAACGAGACAGCAACCAUCAGUCCUGCAACAGAUAGCGUCGAGAAUAAUACUGCGGAAGCGUCGCAGGAUCCCCUCGCAGUUAACGCCACAGUUGAAGUGCCGGAAAAUGAAAACAUGACUUUGCUAAUAACUGAUUCCCCUGUCAAUGCUACCGAACUUCCCGAGACUAAUACAACGAUAAUAUCUAACGGUACGGCAUUUACUAACGAAACGUUUAGCCCGAUUAACGCCACAGUAGAACCCUCAGUUGAUCCUCAGUUCACCCCAGGAGUUGAAGGUAAUGGCAGUGUAUUUUCCAGCACGCCGGUGACUAGCUUCAUUACCGAGUUUCCCCCACCUCACGGACCACCGACAGACAUCAUUACAGACCCAUACAGUCCCAUUAACACAACAGUAAUGAUGAAUUUCACUACCCCUUCAGGCAGUGCCAGCACAGCAUCGUCAGGAGAUGCUGCUGUUCUCGCCGGAGAUGAUACUAAUUCGAGCUCAUGGGGAAUGUUCAAGAUCUUCCUGACUAUCAGCGCGCUGGGAGUGGCAGCUCUGGGCUUCCUUUAUUGGCGAAAACGCCGUCAACAAGAUGACGAAAUCCCUGUAUUCACCAGGUCGUCCCACGCAGACUACCAUAACCCGACCUUCUCACCGGAGGACGAUUCCAGCUUUGCUUCACAAGGAACGAGGCAUAAUUAUAAGUCCUUUGAUUAAUCAGAGGGGGAUAGUCUUCCUAUAACAAGUCUAGGAAGGUUAGGCUACGGGUUAGGACGUUGUGAGGUUAUCAGGGAGUGCUGUACUUAGGAUGCCCAGUGGAAUUGGCUUCUGAACAUUUGAUUGGAAUUCCGUUGUGCCAUUGACCAUGACAGUGAGCCUAGUCACCAUGUUAUGUUCUGCACGAAAAAAAUAAUGAGUCUGUAAUGUCA